AUGACCGACAUGGACCAACAGCAGCGGCAAGCAUGGGAAAGCGAGUCCAACUUCAUCAGAGUUUGGUCGGCCGACACGGUGACAGCCUCCGCACCCUCGUCCAUGUGCCGCCUACCUGUCAUCCGGGACAGCCAAUGGCAGCGCCAGCGCAUCGACGGAAGCGAGUGGACACUGGGCGACGCCGCGGCGGUGUUUUUGUCACAUUCGUCGGCCCAGCAACCAUCUAGACUCAGCGCCAACAGCUGCAGAACCGCAACCCCGCCCCUGGCAGCUCUCCAUGAGCUGGGGUGA